AUGAUGUGCAUGCCCUACAACAACAACAGUGGAUGGUAUCCGCAUUGUCCUGUACUGUGUGAUCGAAGCCUUGUUCAUCGUUCCCGCUCCAGAGCACGAUGCACUGCCGAGGCCGGCCAAAGUCCGGACGCCUGGGCCGGCAUAGGUGGGCAAAACUGCCCCCGUUCAUGCGAUGAGUGUCUGGAUUGUGGACACCUACUGUCACAGGAAGCAGAUAUCACACUUCGUAAUGUCGGCACACUAUGUGGGCUGGUGACACCAACGACCAUUUGGUGCCCUGCCCCACCUUGCACUUUCAUGCUGGUGGAUACUGGGCCGGCACCUCCGCUGGCGAGCCUGGAAUAUGUGUACCUUGCAGCAUCCCAUGAGCUAAAUGGAGCCGACAUUGCUCAGAGCCUGAACUUCGGUUGGGUUUCGUCGCGGUACAAGCUCGGAGACUGGAGAAACGCGAACGAGAAGACAAGCUACAGCUCAAGGCAAAGGCUACACUUGAGGCCUGCGUCAUUCAUGGGUAGAUCCUGA